GCAAACAACACACGACACAGCCAUCUCUCUAGUGGCUAGUGCGAAAGAAGAUGGCAACUAAGCUCGCAGCGCUCGUCGUCUUGGUGGCGUUCCUCGCCGGGCCCGCGGCGUGCGAGGGUGUCACCAUUUGCUUCAACGGCUGGCUGAGGCUACCCUUGCUGAACACGCUGCUCUGCCGCGGCUCCGGCAUUCCGCGGAAGCCGGCCCCUCCUCCCUCGGGGUUAGGGCUCGUCUACGGCUACUACAACUACAACAGCAGUACGUCGAGGUCGUACUGCCCGGGUGCGGAAGGGAUCGUGAGGGGUGCCGUGGAGAAGGCCGUGGCCGCGAACCGCGGCAUUGGCGCGGGGCUCAUCCGUCUCUUCUUCCACGACUGCUUCGUCCGGGGGUGCGAUGCUUCCGUCCUCCUCACUACGACCAACUCCAAGAACAGCGACACGGAGAGGGAAGGCCCUCCUAACAAGAACAGCCUACGAGGAUUCGAGGUGAUCGAAGAGGCAAAGGCGGCGAUCGAGGCCGUCUGCCCCAACACAGUCUCAUGCGCCGACAUCGUCGCCUUCGCCGCCCGCGACGCGUCCUACAUCCUCAGCGACCGCAGGAUCAACAUCGCGAUGCCGGGCGGUCGCUACGACGGGCGCGAAUCUUUCGCCACCGAGACCGACCAGCUUCCCGGGCCCUUCUCCAACACCGCGCAGCUCCAGGAGAGUUUCACUGCCAAAGGACUCAACUCUGAGGCGAUGAUCGCGCUCUCCGGUGCACACACCAUUGGCAGCGCCCGCUGCAUGUUCUUCUCCAGCCGUUUCCCUGAGAUGGACCCGGCAUUUGCCGCCAAGCUCAAGGGCCAGUGCAACGGCAACGACAACACCAACGUGGACCAGGACUACAUGACCCCCGACGUCCUGGACAAGCAGUACUAUCAGAACGUGAUCGACAACAAAGUGUUGUUCACCUCGGACGCUGUGCUCAGCUCGACAGAAACAAUAAAGGAGGUGAAAGAAAAUGCGAACAUGCCCGAGGCGUGGGAGAGGAAGUUCGAGAGAGCCAUGGAGAAUAUGGGCAAAAUCGAGGUCAAGACCAUAGGCAACCAGCAAGGCGCAGAGAUCAGGAAGGUUUGCUCCAGAGUCAACAACUAACGUUGCCUAGUAGUAAUGCGGGUUGAUUGGCUGGCUCCAUGGCGGAAUCGCCCGACGAUGAGAUGUAACUCCGUCUAGGUGCUGUCAUUGUUGGCUUUCUCAUACUACUAAAACUCUGUGUGUGCCUGCGCUCGUGCGUGCCUAUGUGUGUGUCAGUGUGUUAAUAAAGGUAUACAGUACAGGACUA